AUGCCACCUAAAGUCAGUGCUAAUAAUUCUACUUUUAAGAAUAGAGAAAAACCAGCCGAGGUGCGUAAAGCUAAUAUCAUUGCUGCGCGUGCAGUAGCAGACGCGAUCCGUACAUCCUUAGGACCAAAAGGUAUGGAUAAAAUGAUUAAAACUUCGAGAGGUGAGAUUAUUAUUUCAAAUGAUGGUCAUACAAUCCUAAGACAAAUGGCAAUUUUACACCCAGUGGCUAAAAUGCUUGUUGAAGUAUCUGGUGCUCAAGAUGCGGAAGCUGGUGAUGGUACAACAUCAGUUGUAAUUUUAACAGGUGCUCUUUUAGGUGCAGCUGAAAAGUUACUAGGGAAAGGUAUACAUCCUACGAUAAUUGCAGAGUCGUUUCAACGUGCUGCUCGGAGAUCUGUUGAGAUCUUACUAGAAAUGUCCCACAAAAUUUCAUUACAGGAUAGGGAAUCAUUAAUUUGUGCGGCAACUACUUCCUUAAGUUCUAAAAUUGUUUCACAGUACUCAUACUUUUUGGCUCCAUUAGCAGUAGACUGUGUCCUAAGUAUUGCAGACGAAAGUUCUACAAACGUGGACUUGAAAAAUAUUCGUCUCAUCAAGAAGGUUGGGGGUACCAUUGACGAUACUGAGAUUAUUGACGGCGUUGUUUUGACUCAAAAUGUUGUCAAGAAUGCAGGUGGUCCAACUAGAAUUGAGAAGGCUAAGAUAGGGUUGAUACAAUUCCAAAUUUCUCCUCCAAAACCAGACACUGAGAACAAUAUUAUUGUUAAUGAUUACAGACAAAUGGACAAAAUAUUGAAAGAAGAAAGAGCUUACUUGUUGAAUAUUUGUAAGAAGAUUAAGAAGGCAAAAUGUAACGUGUUACUCAUCCAGAAAUCUAUCUUGAGAGACGCGGUGAAUGAGUUAGCUUUACAUUUCUUGUCCAAACUCAACAUCAUGGUUGUGAAGGAUAUCGAGAGAGAUGAAAUUGAAUUCUUGUCUAAAAGUUUAGGAUGUAAGCCAAUCUCAGAUGUAGAGCUUUUUGCCGAAGAUAGGUUGGGUUCUGCUGAUUUGAUAGAGGAGAUUGAAAGUGACGGUACUAAGAUCGUUAAAAUUUCCGGUGUUAAGAAAAGUGCUACAAAGCCAACAGUUUCCUGCAUAAUUCGUGGCGCUAACAAUGUUAUGUUAGAUGAAGUCGAGCGCUCCCUACAUGAUGCAUUCUGUGUCAUUCGUUGUUUGGUUAAGGAAAGAGCUUUGAUUUCCGGUGGUGGUGCUCCAGAAAUCGAGGUAUCACGUAUUUUGAUGAAGGAAUCUAGGGCUCUAGAAGGUGUAGAGGCAUUUGUUUGGCAAGAAUUCGCAGAGGCAUUGGAAAUUAUUCCUACCACUUUGGCAGAAAAUGCUGGUCUCAACAGCAUUAAAGUAGUUACCGAGUUACGUUCUAGACACGAGAAUGGGGAAUCAAAUGCCGGCAUUUCUGUUAGACGUUCCGGUACAACAAAUACAUACGAUGAGCACAUCCUGCAGCCAGUAUUGGUAAACACAAGUGCAAUUACCCUUGCAUCCGAAUGUGUUAAAUCCGUCCUUCGUAUUGACGAUAUAACCCUCAGUCGCUAA